AUGACGCGGCAAAUGGCGAAGGCCACAGCUAAAGCAACGGUGACGGUGACAGUGACUGCAACAGCAACAGCAACAGCGACAAACAAUUACUGCACCAACAGACAUUUUUCAAUAUUAUUUUACAAUGCAACAAAAGAGCGCGAGCGCGAAUACAACUCAAAUCUAAUAAACCUGUCAGGUUGCAGAAGACAAAACCUUGCCGCCAGCAAUAAAAGAGAACAACAAAAGCAAAACCCAAACACCGAAAAACCGAAGCACACUCAUAAAGCAGCGGCUAUCAACACCGGCCGCAGUAGUGCAUUGCCCUUCACUGGUCACAAGUUUGUUAGACGAAUGUUUGACGUACGUAAACAACAAAUGUGAAGGGAAUGCCCAGGAAGCUACAUAUAGCUGCAGAAGAGACUAAUA